AUGUUUAUUGGACUCAAAAUGGGAGAUGAGUAUGAAUAUAUUCGAUUUGGGGCAGAUUGUGCUUCAAUUUUAGAUAACUACGAUAAUUUUAAUAUUCCACAAUUUACUUGGAAUAAUAGCGAUGUUUUUGGUUGCGGACUAGUUUAUCCGCCUGAUGAUGAUACUUAUGUUUUCUUUACUCAAAAUGGAAAACAAAUUGGCAAAGCUGUAUAUUUAACGGAUGGUAGUAACUCAUAUACGCCGUAUGUUGCACUCAAUUGUUGUUCUGUGGAAACGAAUUUUGGAAAUAAUUUGGAGACUAAACCUUUUGUUUAUGAUAUUUCAAAGCAUUUAGUUACAGAAUAUUAUUGA